GUUUCGAGUGAUCCUGUGCAUUUCAUCUCGACAAAAUACAGACCAUCACGCAGCACACUUCACAAAAUGGAGGCACCACCAAAGUUUGUGUUUUAUGCCUAUGCGCCUUCGUUACCCGCGGCCAUCAUUUUUGUCAUCGCCUUUGGUUUGUCAACCAUCUGGCACAUCAAGCAGCUCUGUCAAUCCCGCACCUGGUACUUUAUACCAUUCAUCAUCGGAUGUCUUUUUGAGACUGUGGGAUACGUCGGCAGGGCCAUCUCAUCAACCGAGUCGCCCAACUUCAACAAGAACCCUUACAUCAUCCAGUCGGUGCUCCUGCUCCUGGGACCUACGCUCUUCGCCGCGUCAAUAUACAUGACCCUCGGGCGCAUCAUCCGCCUGCUCGAUGCCGGCCAGUACUCGCUGGUGCCUGCUCGCUGGAUAACAAAACUUUUUGUCCUGGGCGAUGUGCUCUCCUUCUUUGCCCAGGGUGCCGGAGGUGGCUUGUUAACUACCGCAAAGACCGAAAACGACGUCGCCAAGGGCCAAAACAUCAUCCUCGGCGGCCUGGGCAUCCAGAUCCUCUUCUUCAGCUUCUUCGUCAUCGCGACGGCCGCCUUCCACGUGCGCAUCUACCGCAGCCCCACGACCCAGUCGCUCAACACCACGACGCUGUGGGUGCCGAUGCUGUACGUCCUGUACAUCGCCAGCCUCCUCAUCCUGAUCCGGUCCGUGUUCCGCAUCGCCGAGUACUCCCAGGGCUCGAGGGGGCUGCUCAUGACUCACGAGUACUUUCUUUACCUGCUCGACGCGCUACCCAUGUUUGCCGUGUGUGCGCUGUUCAACUGGAUGCACCCGAGCAAAGUCAUUGGCAGGUGUAGUCACGUCGAGGGGGGUGGCGGAGCGGGUGUCAAGACUGAGAGCAGGCAGCGUCUGGGGGUUUACUUCAGCAGCGCCGAGCUCCCAGCAAGUCUUGCCCGCGCGCUCUGA